CCCAGGGAGGUUUGGAGGUGCAGUGGUGCCCGCAGCUCCUUUGUGCCACGGCACCAGCGAGGCCGAGCCCUGGCCCUGGUUUGCCAGCCAUGGGCAGGGGGCUCUGUGCCAGCCGGGGGAGCAGCGGGGCCCCCGUGGCAGAGAGGGCAGGGGGGCUGUGGAGCUGCCCCGGGGGGAGCGGGGGGGCCUUUCCUGGGCCGCCUCCAGCCCCCCUCGAUCCCCGGGGCUGCGCUGCCGCCCCCGCCCACCGGGGGCCGCUGCCGUCGGGCCGUGAGGGAGCGGGAACGGGGAAGGGGGAAAGUCCCCCCGGCUCGGGCCGCAGGGAGCGGGAAUGGGGAAUGGGGAACGGGGAAUGGGGAACGGGGAACGUCCCCUCGGCUCCCGGGGGCUCCGCGCACGGGGCGUGGUCACGGGCCGGGGCCAUGGGCGGGGGGUCCGCAUCUUUCUCCUGCGCCUUCCCCCCCACCCCGGGCCCCAUUCCAGCGCUUGUGAGGGACACGGUGCCGUGUCCUUGGAAGGGAGGGUUGGGAGGCGCUGACGGUGUCCCCGGGAACCACUGCCGGGGUCCCCGCCCGCCGCGGGGAGACCGGAGCUGUGCCGUCCCCUGCUGCCGGCCCGGCCGGGUCUCCGUGCGGGCGGGAGGGCCGGGCAGCUGCGGCAGGUCCGUGCGACACCAUGGGGACACCCCAGGGCUCUCCAGGGUUGGGAGCAGCCCCACAAGCCGCGGCGGGGUGACACGGGGGCGCUGGCAGGUGGCAGGUGCCCGGUCCCACGCGGGGCUGGCGGCCCUUGGCGGUGCCUGCGCCGCUGCAGGUGUGACCCCGCCGGGAACACGCUGUUCCCCGGCACUGGCACUGCAGCAGCGGCUCAGCCCCGUCCUCACCCUCAGGCACAAGCGAGACCCCGAGGGAGCUGCUGCUCCCCCCUCCCGCACGCCUUGUUUGCGGUGGUGCUCGGUGCCGGCUCACCCAGGCGGGUGCCCCACCGAGUGGGUUCUGUGCCCCCCCGUGCCUUGCCCGUGCCCAGGUGCCGGCGCGCAGAGCGGCGGCGUUAUCGGUGCCGGCGCAGGUGGCAGGAGCCGCGUGCGGUCGGUGCCUCGGCCGCGUCCCCGGCGGGCGGUGACCGCCUCCUUCCUGCCCCGGCGGCGAGGCGAGCGCGGGGGCACAGCUGCGGCAGCCCCGCCAUGUGCCACCGCCCGCGCGAGGCCCCGGGACCCGCCGCCCCCGCGGGGAGCCGGGGGCUGCUCCCACCGCCCGGGGAGGGGGCACCCGGGGAGGGGGCCCCGGGGCUCUGCCUCCAGCCGCUCCUCGGGGCGGUCCCGUGGAGGCUCCGGCGGGAUUGGGGCUGAAUCCUGUCAGCGCGGGGAUGGCUCUUGCCGGGCUCCAGCGGCAGAGUUGGACCCACGGGGGGAAACAGGAGGGGCCCCCCCGGCCCAGGUGCUGGGGGGGGCGGCUCCCCCCGGGGACAUCCGUGUGCCGGCCCACUGUGGCGAGGUGUGUGACGCCAGAAGCGGAGCCGAGCCUCAUAUUUGGGCACGAAGCAGGUUAUUGGAGGCCGUGGCCCUGCAGCUGGGCGAUCCCCCGGCUGAUAAAGGCUCCCCUGGUGCUGCUGCCUGCACCGGCUCGGCGCUGCCGCUCCAUCAUCCCCUGCCUGCGCUGGGGGUGCGGGACCUGUCGGGGAUGGGGCCGGUCCGGGCUCUGGGGCUGCUGCUGUGCCUGCAGCUGUGUGGGGGCUCCGGGCAGCUGCGGCUGGUGGGGGGCGGCGGGCGCUGUGCCGGACGCGUGGAGGUGAAUCACGACGGUGAGUGGGGCUCCGUCUGCGUCUACGACUUGGAAGCCCUCUGGGCCACCGUGGUGUGCCGGCAGCUGGGCUGUGGCCGCGUGGCAUGGGCGUACCCGUACGCCCCGUUCGGGCAGGGCAGCGGCCGGAUCUGGCUCCAGCCCUACUGCCAUGGCACUGAGGAGGUGCUGGAGGAGUGUCAGCACUUCGGAUGGGGUCAGCAUCAGUGCGGCCACGAGUGGGACGUGGGGGUGAUCUGCACAGGUGAGGGGGACAGGCUGGCCGUGCCGGGGGCUGAGCUGUGCCGGUGUCCCGGUGCAGAGGCCAUGGAGCUGAGGCUGGUGGAUGGUGGCGAUCCCUGUGCAGGGAGGGUGGAGGUGAAGCUGCGAGGACACUGGGGCUCGGUAGCCGAUGACAACUGGGACAUGAAGGACGCCGAGGUGGUGUGCCAGCAGCUGGGCUGUGGCUCGGCUGCCGGCGCCUACGCUGCCCGCGACCGCUUUGGCACAGGGACCGGGCCCAUCAGCCUGGUCCUGGUGGUCUGCCACGGGGAGGAGGCCACACUGUGGGACUGCAAGAUCUUCAACUGGGGACCCUACCGCGGUACCCAUGACUAUGACACUGCCGUCAUCUGCCAAGGGUUUUCCCGUCUGGUCGGAGGUGACGGAGCCUGUGCCGGGCGGUUGGAGGUGCGGCAGCGCCAGGCCUGGGUUGGCGUCUGCGCGGAGCACGUGGACAUGAAGGUGGCCCAGGUGGUGUGCCGGGAGCUGGGCUGCGGCGCGGCGCUGGCCAUCCCCGGCAGCGGCCGGUUUGGGGCGGGAACGGGGCCGCUGUGGGAGGGGGGGUUCAACUGCACCGGCAGCGAGCCCCUCCUCAGCGCCUGCGCCCGGCGGGUGCCCCACAGCCAGGGCUGCGCUGGCCACGCCACCAUCAUCUGCUCCCCCUACACGGGCUUCCGGCUGGGGAACAGCAGCUCGGGCUGUGCCGGGCGGGUGGAGGUGGCGGUGAGGGGCACGUGGGGGUCCGUCUGCGCCACCAACUGGGACCUGCCCGAUGCCGACGUCCUGUGCCGCCACCUGGGCUGUGGCCACGCCGUCACCGUGCCCCCGGGAGGCUCCUUCGGCAGCGGGGACGGGCCGCUGAGGCCGGACGCCUUCGGCUGCAGCGGGAGCGAGCGGCACCCGGGCGAGUGCCCCGUGGCGGUGCUGGGGGAGCCCCCCUGCACCCCGGGGAACGCCGCCGCCGUCAACUGCUCAGGCACCAUCAAUUCCGUGCGGCUGGUGGAGGGUGAGAGCCGGUGUGACGGGCGGCUGGAGGAGGCCAUAACCACCCCAGCCUGGCGCCGUGUGCCUGUGGAGCAGUGGAAGAGAUGGGAUGUCGACAUGGUGUGUGCUGUGCUGGGUUGUGGCCUGCCAAAGGAGAUCUACACAGCCUUGGGUAUGGCACCCACUGCACUGACCAGCAGCGCCAGGGAGGAGGAUGUCGUGACGGAGGAGACGGAUGUCAUGAUGGAGGAGAUGUACGACAUCUCGGGGAUGGGCCCUGAGCUGUCCAGGAGCCUCGAGGAGAUGGAGGACGUGGCAGAGGAGAUCUCCGAGGUCUUAGGGAUGGGCCCUGCACCAACCAGCAGCCCUGAGGAGAUGGUCAUCGUCUGCUCAGGCAGCCGGCGGGUGAGGCUGGCGGGCGGUGCCGGGCGCUGCGCCGGGCGCGUGGAGGUCUAUGCCGGUGGCACCUGGAGCAGCGUGUGCCAGGAGCGCUGGGACCUGCGGGCCGCCGCCGUUGUGUGCCGGGAGCUGGGCUGUGGCGCGGCACUGGAGGCCCCCGGCUCGGCGCGCUUCGGCCCCGGCGCGGGGACAGCGUGGCCGUACGUGGUUGAGUGCGCCGGGAGCGAGGAGUCUCUCUGGGAAUGCCCACGCUCGGAAGGGCGCGAGUGCGAGCGCGGGGCCGGGGCCGGGGCCGUCUGCUCAGAGCAGCUCUCCCUGCGGCUGGCGGGCGGGCGCGGGCGCUGCAGCGGGUACCUGGAGCUGCUCCACAACGGCACCUGGGGCCGCGUGUGCGCCACCGGCACCAGCCCCGGCACCGCCGCCGCCGUCUGCCGGCAGCUGGGCUGUGGGGACGGGGGGCAGCUGGCACCCGCCCCCGCCCAGCAGCCGGCCCCCGCCUGGCUGGCCUGGGUGGGCUGCGAGGAGGGGGCCCGCUCGCUCUGGGGGUGCCCCUCGGCACCCUGGCACCUGCAUUCCUGCGGCCCCGGAGGGGACGCCUACGUGGCUUGUGCGGAGGACAGUGACAACCCCAGCGAGACAGCCAGCACCCCGUGCCCGGACGGGGCCACCUGCACAGCUGUCCCCAGCAGCAGCGGCCCUGCGGUGGCCAGGGGGACUGUGCCGGUGCCAAGCGGGCAGGUGGCCAGGGGGACUGUGCCGGUGGCGGUGGUGCUGUGCGUGGUCCUGGGGACGCUGCUGUGCCUGGCCCUGGGCGCCCUGGCCGUGCUGAUGUGCCGUGCCCGCGCUUGGCGCCGAGGCCCCGGCAGAGCCGUGGGUGCCAUCCCCGACGCCAUCUACGAGGAGCUGGACUACAGCGCGAUGCCGGAGUACCAGGAGGUGCCCAGUCGCCCAGGUUCCCCGCGGGAGGGCUCAGUGAAGAAGCUGCUGUGUUACACCGGGGACAGCGUGGAGGGGAGUGACAGCGGGGCAGCCCCAGUCCCAGCCCCCCCUGCCCUGCCCGGGCACAGAACCCUGGAUGGCUACGACGAUGCCACAGCAGGAACCUCGGAUGGCUACGACGAUGCCAUGGCUGGAACCCUGGAUGGCUACGACGAUGCCAUGGCUGUGCCAGAGGAGUCCCCCACUCCCAGCACUGGGGACAUCUCCGAAGGGGUGGCACAGAGAGGCUGGAUCUGUGUCCCACCCACAGGUGGGAGCUGCCCCCCUCCAAGUCCCCCCGGAGCCACAAGGGACCCCCCGGGACAGCCCCCGGGGCACAUGGACUGUGAUGAUGUCGGCGCCGGCACCCCGGGGAUGUCGCAGUGAGGAUGUCCCGGCCACGUCCCAUCCCUGGGGACACGUGUGCAGGGUGGGGGGCUCUGUGUCAUCAUCUCUGAUAAUGUCAUUUGGGGCACUCCGGUGUCACUGGGAGGGUGGUGUUGUGGUGGAGAAAAUGAGUCGGGAAUCAAGGGGGUCAUGUGGGUUCCUCCAAAAAGGGAGGGGACAGCCCAAAAAUGCCUUAAAAUUCAUAGGGAGGGGUUGUGUGUCUGUAAAAUACUAACACCUUUUAAAUUUGUUAUUUUUAAAUCUAUUGAUGAAUAAUAUCAAUUCAUAUGAAAACUGAUUUCAAAAUAAAACCCCAUACCUGUUAUAA